CGAACUUGCACUUGGAAAAUAGUUUAUGUAUUUUAUCUCUACAUGUAUGUAGUAUAUCGCCGUUUCAAUCUUUCCAUAAAUUUUUCCGAUUCUUGCGUGCGUUCAGUUCUACUCGGUUUCAUUAUAGUCAGAGUAUCACAAUAGUCGUUUCAAAUACAAGAUUAAUAUAAAUAAGACUAAGCGUCUAGAUAAACUCGAAAUAUCCGUAUGUCUGAUACCAUAAAUAACGAGAGUAAGUGAGUGUGGCAGUCUUGGAAGAAACGCGUAUCGCUAAAGAUCCUAUAAAUUAUCACGUUCUCUAUCAUCCCAGCUAUUUCAUAAGUAUCGCCUUUUGUAAGUGGCGCGAGUAAGCUCUCCUAUAACUAACUGAAUAUCUAACUUAUCGCAUCCAGAAAUAUGUGAUUUCCUAUCAGUUCCAGACCGUUUUAUUACACGUCAUAUCCGCGAACGCUAAGUCUGUUGCGUGAGAUCGCCUCCCUCUGCACCUGCUUGCCCCUUACCGCAACCGGCCUUCAUGUAUAAUGCAAACAAUAAUUGUCAUCGUUGAAUCAACCAGCAGUGCAAGAAACCAGCAACGAAAUCAACAACCUUGUCCGCAAGUGUAACGCCGCCUAUGAUUUAUUAAAUUGCUCGUGUGUACAAGAUAAAAUUUCAUACGGAUUGAAAGGUGCGCAAACGGCCAGUUGCCUUCGACGCGACGUAGCAAUGUUUUGAACUGAACGAAUAUCCUUCUGUUGAACUUUAUUGAACUCUACGUUCAUACAAAGUACAAAGUACCCAGUCUCUUGAAAUUAUGCCGAAACGAAUGACGCCGGAGAAAGUGAUCGACAUCGUUUGGUUUAGCGUAGCUUUGACUUUCUGUUGGCCGCUUCCUAUCAGUAGCAGCGGAACGCGAACUCUGGUUCACAAAGUUUUACAGAUCAGUAGCGUUAUUAACGCUUGCAUGCUUCUGCUGCCUCUGCUAUAUUCGAUUUAUCUGCACCUGGACGAUAUAAUCAUUGUUUCCGAAUGUAUCUGCCUAUUUUUAGGUGUGAGUCAAACUAUAGUUCAGUCUAUUAUCUGCUCGAUCAAUCACGAUUCUCUGCAAGUAAGUUUUUAUUCGCUUCUACCUUACGUUUGAUUGAAAAAGAUGGGCGCUUUAAACGGGUUACAGCACGUAGUCGAGGAAAUGAUGAUCUGUGUUAAACAAGCGCGAGAAUACGAAAGGGAAAUUUUUUCCAAGCAUAUAGCGCGAUGUAGCGUCUUUUAUGCAAGUUCUAUUAUGUGCAUAUACCUGGCUGCGACUGCUUUUUCGAUAGGACCUGCAGUCUUGCCGCUAUCCUUCCCAAGCGAAGCGGAAUACCCAUUUCGCGUUAAUUAUACGCCAGUGUACGUUAUCAUAUACAUGCAUCAGUCUAUCCUCAGUUAUCAAUGCGUUGCACAUAUAUGCCUAAGCAUGUUUGGAUCGCUUCUGUUUUGGUUCACCGCCGCGAGAUUCCAGUGUUUGGCCAUGGAAUUAAAAAGGACUGCAGACGUUAGUACGCUGAUCGUUUGCGUUGAGAAACAAUUACAUUUGAGAAGAUACGCAAAACAGGUGGUGGAUAAUUUUCGUUUCAUAGUGCUUUACGCUAUAGGAGUAAGCACGUCUGCUCUAACUUUAUGUGGCAUUAUAUUGCUCGUGGAUGUACCGCCAAUGGUGAAAAUACAGUUCGUAACUGUAUGCCUCACUGUACUUACGGAGAUUUAUGUAUACGCGUGGUCGGCCGAUUACAUGAAAGAUAUGAGCAUAAAUGUCUCACGGAGUGCAUACGACAUAAUAUGGUACAAGCAAAAGUUAGAAAUGCAAAGGAAUCUAUUGACUAUGCUGGAAUGUCAGGAACCAAUAACUCUCUCUGUGAGGUGCAUAAUACCAGAGCUUUCUUUGCGUUAUUUUUGUUCGUAUCUGUCCAAUACUUUCUCCAUCUUCACCACUUUACGUAUCGUGAUCGAAGAUAAUGCAGAAUAAAUGCGAAUAAAAGAAUAUGGACACUGUCUUAAUCCGUUUAUAUUACAAAACGAUGCUUUUACCGUGGUAGUCGCGAUUAAAAUCCCAAUUGCAAACUAAGCUCUGUAACCACCAAAUUAUUAUAGGAAACAAGUUUAUAUCAAGCUAUAAUUUUUUUUUAAUAUAAUGCUACAAUAAGAUACGUUGUUGGAAUAUAUUUCUGGCUCUUGCAACAGCUGCGUCAUUUGUAAUUACCCGUUUUAUGAUAAUUAUUCUGUCAACCGAUAGCUUUUCUUUUGUCUGUAGCACCAGGUUAGUUCAUAGGCCCGUGUGCGUAUUUAUAUCUAAAGGGUGGCGCGCGGAGUGGGGGAGGAGGAGGAGAAGAUGCAACCAAAAUUUUGUUCAAUCUACGAUGUAUUUGCCACUAUAUACACUUUCUGGUUCUCUUAAUUUUGUAAUUCUUAAUUUCAUGUUUGUAAAUAUACGCCCGAACCUGCAGACUGACUAAAUACUUUUGUCACUAAUACAAUAUAAUAUAAUAUGAGUCGUUCCUACAAUCGAAUCCUUCAUUUACUUAGAUAAUCUUUUGUUGUUGUUGUUGUUGUUGUUGUUGUUGUUGUUGAUAAUAGAUAUUGAGAAAAGACAUAAUUACCGAUGAAAAAAUCGAUCGAAAGUUUUAAUAUAAACUUUGCACAAGAAUUUGUUUGGAUGCUCUGUUUUCGAGAAAAAUAACUUUGUACGCUCGAUAAGCGCAAAUGCGCUUAACCAAAGUUUAGCUUCAUAUCUUUGCGCAUAGUAUUAUUCCUAUUCAACGUUGCGUGCACAAGUAUCGUCAAGAUUGAAGGAAUAUUGCUUAAAAGUGGUUUCUGUCGGCAGUCGAAGGAUGAAAAGCACAGAAUUCGCUGAGGAUGCAACGUGGUAACUUUAUUUCUGUAAAAAGGUUGCAUGUUUGCCCGGUGCGGAUAGCAUUUGCGAUACGUAUCGUAUUUUGAUGUAUAAAUGAAAACUAUGAAAACUAAACGCAUCGGCGAGAAUUAAUAAAACUAAUAAACUCUGAGAUAAUGGUACACCGGAAUCGUCGUACGUAACGUGCUU